CAUUUUCUUGUCAGUGUAAAUUGAGUGGCUGAUUCAACUAUUUAAUUCGUUGAUCAAUUUUUUUUUUUAUUUGGCUAAAUAUUCGUUGAUCAUGGCUUUGAAUUUGCCCUCCCCAGCUCAAGUGAAACCCUCAUUUUUCUCUGAUAUCAUCAACCCAGUUAUCACCCCCACAAAACUUCCAGGUAGCUUUGCAUUGAAGAGAAAAGAGGGUGACACAAAAGUAGUAAAGAGAAGAGUUUAUUGCUCAGCAGCACACUCACCACAACCAGCUUGGCCUGGAACAGCUAUUCCUGAACCUAGUGAUUUUAAAACAUGGGAUGGACCAAAACCCAUCUCUGUCUUAGGUUCAACUGGUUCAAUUGGAACUCAGACACUGAAUAUAGUGGCAGAGUUUCCAGAAAGAUUUAGAGUUGUGGGGCUUGCAGCUGGUUCAAAUGUUACUCUUCUUGCUGAACAGGUAAGGAUAUUUAAGCCUGAGUUAGUAGCUCUUAGAGAUGAGUCUAAAAUCGAUGAGCUCAAAGAGGCUUUGGCUGGUAUUGAUCACAAACCUGAAAUCAUCCCUGGGGAGCAAGGAGUCAUUGAGGUUGCUCGUCACCCUGAUGCCGCCACAGUAGUUACAGGAAUAGUUGGUUGUGCAGGAUUGAAGCCAACAGUGGCGGCGAUUGAAGCAGGGAAAGACAUAGCAUUAGCUAACAAAGAGACAAUGAUUGCUGGAGGCGCUUUUGUUCUUCCUCUUGCUCACAAGAAUAACAUCAAAAUUCUUCCGGCAGAUUCAGAACAUUCUGCCAUUUUUCAGUGUAUCCAAGGGUUGCCAAAGGGUGCACUUAGGAAAAUCCAAUUAACUGGUUCUGGAGGUGCUUUCAGAGAGUGGCCUGCUGAAAAGAUGAAAGACAUUAAGCUUAAGGAUGCAUUAAAGCAUCCCAUUUGGAGUUUGGGAAGAAAGAUAACAAUUGAUUCUGCUACCCUUUUCAAUAAGGGUUUAGAAGUAAUUGAAGCACAUUACUUGUUUGGAGCAGAAUAUGAUGAUAUUGAGAUUGUUAUUCAUCCACAAUCUAUCAUACAUUCAUUAGUUGAAACACAGGAUUCUUCUGUUAUUGCACAGUUGGGAUUACCUGACAUGCGGUUGCCACUCCUUUAUACUUUGUCAUGGCCAGAAAGAGUCUAUUGUUCUGAAAUUACUUGGCCUCGCCUUGAUCUUACCAAGUAUGGUACUCUAACAUUUCAAGCUCCAGACACUAAGAAGUUUCCAUCAGUGAAUCUUUGCUAUGCUGCCGGACGUGCUGGAGGCACCAUGACCGGAGUUCUUAGUGCUGCAAACGAGAUAGCUGUCGAACUGUUUGUUGCAGAAAAGAUAAGCUAUCUAGAUAUUUUCAAGAUUGCAGAGCUAACAUGUAAUGAACAUCAAAAAGAAUUGGUAACAUCUCCAACACUUGAAGAAAUUCUUCACUAUGAUCAAUGGGCAAGACAAUAUGCUGCUGGUUUGCAAAAAGCUUUAAGUGUUUGAAUCUAAUGUAGCUGUGUGGUCAAUUGUUGGCAACCCACCACUAGCAUAUUUUGUUUAUGUUCAUAAAUUUUGUUUGUAUAAAAUGUAAAGGGUAGCAGUAUAUAUGUGUUAAAAAGGGUUUCAAUAAAAGCUCUUAAGUUAAAGCAUACUAUCAUAUUUUGAGAUGAUAAUGUCAUCCAAUAUGUUGUUCUUCCACUUGAAGAUGUUAUAAAUUUCUCUUGAGAAGAAUUAUAUGAAAUUGUUGACAGAAUGAAUUUGAACAAA